AGCAAAACUAUUUUAAGUGAAGGAUUGAUUGUAAUAGAUGUGCAAAGUGCUACGACGACGAUUGGCAAUCGCAGGUCACGAACGUGCUAAUUUAUCGAAACGACAAGCUUCAUAGUCCGGGUACUAUCCCUGUCAGUACGGAUUCGGACUCGCGGAUUUACAAGAAGAAAUUUGAAUAAUGAAAGUCACCGCCUUCUUACGGGUGACACUCUCGAUUGUUGUCACCGUUGUGGCCAGAUUCGAUUUAGCCAGAUGCAUUCCGGUUAGUGAACUGGACAGCUACCAAUCCAGUCCGUUGUUGUUGCCAGCGAGCAGUAAAACGUCCGGAGCGCCACCGCCCCUGAUCUUCCCCAACGGUAACAGCGAUGUGUACAAAAUCGUGGAAAAUGACACCGCCCUUAAGAUCCUGCAGGCACGUGCCGAGGCCGAGCUGACCGACGAGAGCAACAGUCAGCACGCGGAAACGACCGAGGGUCAAAACGUGCAGCCUCAGCGGACACUCGCGGUCGCUGCUGUAGAAGGUGCUGGUGACUCAGCGGCGAUCAACGGUAACAACAGUACCGACGUUCCUCAGUCGGACCCAACGCCCAACACGUCGUCGCCGCCGUCUUCGUCGUCGGACAAUUACGAUGCAGAUAAUGAUAAUGAUGCCAACGGUAAUAACGGCGGAGAUGCCGAUGGUGAUGACGAUGAUGAUUACAGUAGUGAGGAGGACGACGAUGAUGAUGACGAUGACGAUGAUGUGGACACGGAGGUCGUCAAUGUUCAACCGGAGGAUCCGGACAAGGAAGAUGGAUUGGAGGAACAGUUUAGGAACAAGGACCGCCAUUACCCACUCGUGAUCGACAAUACGAUGAUUGAAGUUUCAGCCAUGCGCCAGGAACAUGUGUGGGUCAUUGUGACCGGAGCCAUUUUUGUACUGACCCUCACGGCCUACAUUGCAAUGGUUCUGUACCGCAAUCGGCUAGAGCGACGCUACGGGAUGCGACAGCGCUUGGUGACGGAAGAUGAUUACUAUACUAACAAUGAUAUCUAAUGCUCAUCCAACGCUGCCAGGGGAUGACAGACAGCCAAGGUCAUUUAUAAUAGUGCAAAUUGACGCGAUCCUGUAGCUGUAGAUGAAUUCAACAACCUUUCGUAACAAAUCGAACUCAGACGAAAGGUAACAAGAAUAGCACCAUCGUUUUAUUCGGUUUAUUCGGUCAACUUCAAGCGAUGUGAGUGAAUUCCAGCAAUAAGUGCCAUUAGUUAUAAGCGACUUUCAGUGUAGUUCAUUCGAUAGGAACGAUUAUUAUACUUCAUUCUCUGAGCCAAACAGGAUAGGUGAUUCCUCUUGCAUUUCUCCUAUUCUAAUUUUGCCUCUGUCAACGAACAACUUGUGAUUGUUUUCCCCAUUAAGUUAGAAUCCUACGCAAGUUUACGAGUAGUAAAUAGAGUUCAAAUAUGCCAAUAAA